UGUCAGGUAUGCUUAAGAGCUCGCCGCCUAUGAAGCAUCAUAAGAGUAACUUCGUUCGUUCCCUCGACGUCGGCCUCUGGUGUAGGCCUUCGUUCACCACUCAGUCCCCGUUCCUUGGGACACUCUUCGGCUUCAACUCCGCGUGUUUGAGCGGCGAGUGUUCAUAUGAUGUUGGGCGGCGAGCGUCUACAUUGGUGGGAAUACUUGAUUGCGAUGCUGACAGUACAGUGCAAGACAUACGGGUCGUCUGUGCCGACCCUUCUGCGUCCUGCGAACAUCUGUUUCAGGGUGGUGCAGUUGGAACGAUCGUCCGGCUGCCUGAGAACUGCACAACGAUGCCCUUCGCUCGUAGAUUCUACACGCGUGGUGCCUCCACGAAUGUCAAGGGGAUCAGCCUUGAUACAAACUUCAGCGCCAUCGACGUGUCUCAGAAUGGUAAUGUCACACGGCGCACUGUGGGUAUUGAGGAUAACAUAACCAGCUUCAAUCAUACCCAAACUUCAGACGUAGCCACAAUCACCUUCGACAAUCAGACUAUUCUUCUUGACACCACGGCACCCGCAAUCUCGGUCGGUGGGGAUUCCGCUACGGGAGACAUCCAGAUUGCGGUUACUCCGCAUGUCGAUAUCACGAUUCAGUAUGGCGUCGGUGCAGCUGGGACUAUCGUCCCUCCGAAGCUCACAGAGUUCGGCUUGGUGACCUACGUGAACGGAAAGCUGGAUGGAACACUCCAGUUGAAUACCAACGUAUCGGGUACCUUCACGACUGGCUCAAUCCCCUUGUUUCAGAUCGGCAUCCCAGGAUUGGAUAUCCCGGGGAUCCUGAAAAUUGGUCCCACGUUCCAGAUCAAUGCUAAAGCCACAGCCACAGUGGACGUUGGCGUCGGGCUUGAUGUCGGGUUUGACUUCAGCGCCGAUAACCUGGAGUUGUACUUCCCUCCGAAGUCAAUAUACUCAAGCGGGACAUCUCGAAUGGACAGAACAGUGAGCACCGCGCAAGUCAACCUCCUUGGACCACCCGAUGUGGCUUCCAACAGUACUCUCACUCUAGACUUGAUACCCGGUAUUUCAUUCGGCAUUAACGCGCUUGACGGCAUCUCGGCUGCGUCGGUCAACCUCAACCUCGACAACUUCAUCGAAGUAGACCUCGUGCUAGACAACGACGGAAGCUCUGUCGUGGCCUCAAAUGCGACGUCCGAUAGCACGGGAAGCGCCGUCGCAGGCAGCGUAAACGUCGAGGGCGGUUUCAACGUCGUCGCUUCUGCUGAUGCGUCGCUCUUUGGUCUGCUCGAUGACUCGGAGAGCGUGACAUUGUUCUCGAAGACAUUCGAGCUUUAUCAUGACGAUUUUUGAACGGCCUCCCUCGCCACGAUGACAUGCAUGGGUGUUGCAUGUGUCGUCGGACAGUGGACAUUUGACGUCAUCGUAUUCGCUUUUGCUUUGUUGUACCUAUGGACGGGUUGGGCAUCAUGUUGUCUCUGGAUUGUAUUGCCGCCAGCACAAAAUAUACCCUGAUUCAAACAUUCA